CUCCGCACCUUUAUCACGAAGUACUGCGUUUUUUUUGUAUGGCGUGCGGUCAACGACCUAUAGCGUUUUGUUUGAACAAAACAAACUACUUCCUGUAAACGAUACAGAGUUCUAGGAUAGCGAUACGUAUCGUUUAUUUUCAGCGCUAACAUAAGACUUUUGAGCAUUUUUGUCUGCACUAGGACCUUAGAAAAUAACUUUUUCUGAUUUUAUAAUGAUGUUGUUUCUGUAAAUUUUAUUCAAUUUAUUGCGAACUAGCUCUCUUUCAGUGGCAUCGCCCGCGUGGCUUACAAAUUUUCUUGACACUACUUUUAUCCCUAGGGAACGAUUUAGUGUUAUAAAAUACUAUGUUAAUCAAGGCUUAGAAUUAUCCAUAUACGAAACAACAAAAUCUAUUCAGUAGUUUUUUGUGUGAAAGAGUAACAAACAAAAAUAGAUACAUUCAUCCACCUUCAUAAAUUUGUUCUGUUGCAGUGAAUGUUGUAUUUGAAUUAUUUCUUGGUACAAUAUGUCAUUAAGACAAAAUUACUGUUGGAUAUCGGCGUCACCGCUUUUAUAUGUUGUUUAUUUUUUGUAGGAGAGGCGUGCGCUGGAAUCCGGCGGCGAUAAAAAAUCCCAUGAUUUGACAGCCAUCAGACAGAAAGGAAGAGAGAAAAUUAUUCAGGCUCGUCGCUUGCUAGCGAUGAAGCGAACCUGGGCCCCUGUAGUUCUAGUGCCUACAUUACCCGCUGAGCGAGUAUCGGAAGUGGCACAAUUAGCGACAGGUCCGCCGGCGUCACGUGCUCAACUCAUGAAGAAGUUACUGGCAUACUGGACGCUUAAAAGACAUAGUAGAAAUGGUGUGCCAUUGUUGAGGAGAUUGCAAAGUCAGGCUCAUAAUUAUGGAUCACGAGGUAUACAAGACGGUACAGUGAACAUAAGGGAGUUGUGUAAUCAACUUAAAUAUUGGCAGAGAAUACGUCAGGAUUUGGAAAGAGCUAGGUUGUUAUGCGAGUUGGUCCGUAAACGUGAACGUCUGAAGGCGGAGUACACACGCGUGUGGGAGCGAUGCGUGAUGCACUCGUUGCGUCCGGAGCGUGCCGCGUUACACAAACUGUUGCGAUUGUUGCGACAACGUGACAACAGCGAUAUAUUCACCGAGCCUGUUGACUUGCAAGAGGUUCCGGAUUACAGUUCGGUGGUGAAACAUCCUAUGGAUCUGAGUACAAUGGGCAAGGAGUUGGAUCGUGGCGCGUAUCGUACAGUCGAUGAUGUCGAAGCGGACUUCCAGCUGAUGAUCAACAAUUGUCUCACCUACAAUAACAAGGACACGGUGUUUUACAAGGCGGGAAUAAAGAUGCGCGAGCAAUGUCUGCCAUUGUUCCGUCAAGCUCGCCGUGACGUGCGCGCGGCCGGUAUGCCGGAACUAGCGGGCGACGGUGACCGAGCGGACUCCAGCCCCGAGCGGGACUCGGAGUCCGAGUUGGUCAGGGAGCGAGACAACGAUACGGAGUGGGACAGAGAUAGGGGCCGGUCGGUCAGUCGCCGCAGCAGUCGGCACACCAGUCGCCCCACGAGUCGGCACAGCAGUCGGCCGAGCAGUCGCCACAGCAGUCGACCUGGCAGCAGACGUAGCCGCUCGCGAAAUUCCAGCAGCGAUAGUAUGUCAGUGUCACGAAGCGAGCGAGGUCUGUCAGUGGCACGCAGCGAGAGACGCGAUCAGAGCCCUAGAGAUACGGACGAUGAUAAUAAUACCGUAAGAUUUUUACUGUAAAUAAUAAUUAUGUGCACUAUUCUAUAUAACAUAGUUAACUGCUCGUCAGGUUAUACUAAACUGUCAAAUUUCUUCACUCGAUUGUAAACCUUAUUACAUUUAGGGUGGAGGUCAAAUUCAAUCGUGGAAAAUUUACAAAUUUUGUUACCUUUACGUAAAACCGAGUACAGACUUAGUAUUCUUUUUUAAUGUAAAUUGUUAAUCAAAGUUAAAUUCAACAUAAUUUUUGAGGCAGAAAGCAAUUUUUCGAAUUUUUUAAAUUAAGUACGAUUAUGGAAAACAACAGAUUAUGCUGAUAUUCGAUUAACUGGUGAUAAUUCGUCGCUUAAUUCUUAAAAAUGAGGUUUGGGUAAACUAGAUGUAUGAGUUGUGUAUUUGCCCCAGCGGUCUAGUUCCCCGGGGGCAAACGGGACGGGGGCUGGGACGACGGGCGUGACGCGUCGUGGGCGCGGUCGCGGGCGGGGGCGGGGCAGGGGGCGGGGCCGGCCCCCACACCUCGCUAGGGUGCGACAAGAGACUCCGACGUCAGGUUCGGAAACGGGUGUUCCGCCUUCGAGAAAUAGCGUGGAGCGGACGCAUAAACUUACUACGCCUGAGAAAUCGCCUAGCAAACAGAUAGACACAUCUCCUGGUAAGAUUUAUUAAAUAACUUUUGACGAUUAUUCUUUAAUCCAAUUUUCUUUUCAUAUUUUUUUUUUUUACCGUAAUUUCGGCCACGUAAAUAAUUAGCCUUAUUUACCCGCGUAUCAGGAUCAGUAUUUCCGUAGAUUGUCCACUACAAACCAGCAAAUAAAGUUAGAAAUUUCAUCUAUUUAUAAUGUUAGUGUAUGGAUUAAACCUAACUUUUUAAGACGAGCGAAGAGAGGAGAAGAAUGUUAGGUUGACUUCGAG